AUGUGGAACAAGUCGAACAAAGUAUUCAACGCUGAAGAUGCACUAAAUGCGACUAAGAAUGAUGAAGAAACGAAAUGGAAGGAUAUGAAUAGAAAUCAACAGAUCAAAUUUGUGAUCAUUCUCAUUGCAAAACUACUGGGUUUAUUGAGUCUGCUAUAUUUCUUUGUAUGUUCAUUGGAUUUAAUGAGUUCCGCAUUUCGACUUAUUGGCGGAAAAAUAACUGGUCAAGUCUUUUCGGAAGGAUCAAUUCUUUCCAAUCCGAUCGCUGGAUUGAUGCUUGGUCUAUUAGCAACUGUUCUUGUUCAAAGUUCAUCAACAUCCACCUCAAUUGUGGUAGCAAUGGUUUCAUCAUCAAUUCUGCCUGUUCAGCGAGCCAUACCAAUCGUGAUGGGAGCGAAUAUCGGAACAUCGGUGACAAAUACGUUAGUUGCAUUGACACAAUCAGGAAAUCGUGAAGAAUUUAGUCGCGCAUUUGCUGGUGCAACUGUACAUGAUAUGUUUAACUGGUUGACGGUUCUUGUUUUAUUGCCUCUCGAGAUUGCAUCAGGCAUGCUAUAUCGUCUAACCGGUGCAAUAACCAAUUCAAUAGAUCUGCAACGGAAUCCAAAUUCCAAUCCAGAAUUUUUAACAGUUAUAACAAAGCCCUUGACAGAAACGAUUAUUCGACUGGACAAAAAAGCAAUACAGAAUGUAGCAUUAGGUAUUGCCGAUCCUGAUAUCUCGUUGGUAAAACGAUAUUGUUCGUUCAAAAACGAGAGUGACAAUGGAACGUACGUUCUUGUUCCAAAUGAAUACUGUCCAUUUUUAUUCGCGAAAGUCACUUGGCCAGAUUGGGUUCUCGGACUUGUUUUAUUGAUCAUAUCAACUGUUCUCCUAUGUCUGUGUUUGUUAUUUCUGGUGAAGAUUCUUCAGUCCUUGUUGAAAGGAACAGUGAAAACUGUGAUUUACAAAGUUGUCAACUCAAAUUUUCCCGGUAUAUUUAAACACUUCACACCAUACUUGGCCAUGCUGGUUGGAUGUGUCCUAACAAUUUUGGUUCAAAGUAGUUCGAUAUUUACAUCAACAUUAACGCCAUUAGUUGGCCUGAAUAUCAUCACCGUGGAAAGAGUGUAUCCGUUUACAUUAGGUUCCAAUAUUGGUACAACAAUUACUGGUAUUAUGGCAGCAUUGACAGCAGUGAGCACAAAGGAACUAAAAAAUUCGCUGCAAAUUGCCCUGUGCCAUACGUUCUUCAAUGUGUUCGGUAUUUUAAUUUGGUUUCCAAUUCCAUUUAUGCGACUUCCCAUCCCAUUGGCGAAAAAGCUAGGGAAAACAACAGCCCAAUAUCGAUGGUUUGCUAUUGUCUAUAUUGUAUCAUCAUUCUUUAUUAUUCCUACGAUCGUCUGUGCUCUUUCACUCGCUGGAUGGUACGUGUUUGGUGGUGUACUUGGUCCUGUUGUGCUGCUUAUUAUCAUUGUUGUCAUCAUCAAUGUUCUUCAAAGUCAUCGCCCAACGUGGUUGCCAAGUGGCUUGAGAAGUUGGUCAUGGUUGCCACGGCCUCUUCGAACGCUUAGCUGGUAUGAUGAACACUUAUUUAGAAAACAAUGCUGUUGUUGUCGCCGGAAACAAAAGGUACCUCCGGAAACGAGCGACGAGGUCCAUCAGAACAAUGACUGUUAUGCUGGCGACGAUCAGGACGAUGCAACCUAUUUCUAA